UGUCAUUCGGCAUGUCACUGUAUACAUGUAGUUGCAGUUGUUUAAACAUUCUCAAAAUAAAAUAAAAAUAAAAAUGACGCUUUAUAGUGUUUUAAUUAACAUAGCUCAAUAGUAAAAGUAGAGAAAUGAUAAAUUGUUAUUAAAUUGUCCAGAAUAAGUGUUUCGUAACUUAUUUUGAACCAGAGACGGAUAUCACUGUAAUAUAAGGGCCAUGCCUAUGUUUGAAUUUCCCACACACACACAAAAAACAUGCCGGGGAAUUCCCUUUCGCGGAAAACCCAUAUCACGUGAUCACAUUUUAUAUAUUUAGUUGUGACAAACUUGCGGAGCCGACGCCACUUUCUGAGGAAGAAUGGUUAAGCCACACGCUGGCGUUAACGAACUGUUUGGACAACCUGAUGUUGAUGGUUCUUCCUAUAAAGUCAUGGAACAACUGUCAGGAGAGAAUUCUGAUGGUGGCCUUGAAAAAACACAGAAGCUAUUCGAAUACAGUAGCUGUAUGUCGAGUGAUGUUCUCAAUGAUUGUCUUGACAUGCAGGACGAAUAUGGAAACCAGAAAAUUGGAGGAACAGGCGAAAUGUCUGAUAAUGAAAACGAUUUAGAAAAACAGCAUCAAAGGCUACUUGAUGGAAGUUUUAACAAUAUUCAGUCUGACCACAGACAUGGAAGGGUUGAUGACGAUCUGUAUGGAGGUCCAGGGAUCAGAUGUCUGGAUCAGUGUACUUCAAACAACCAACCAGAUGACCUGAAGGUUUUGGAUGGAUGCAAUAUACAUAUUAAAGAGAAAAGCUUCGGACAACAGCUGGUUACAAUGAAACAAGAAUGUCAGCUUCAGCAAGAUCCAAAGACCUUGAUGGAUGAGAAUGAAAAGCUAGUGUGUUCUCUUGGAAAGGGAACCGAAGCUGAAUGUAUUCUGUACCAGAAUGUACACACAAACAAGCUGGUCGUCCAUAAAAAGUACUACGGAAAACCAAGAACAAGGGAACGUGACACCCUGGAAGCCUUACGGGGUCAUAGAAAUAUACCAGCAGUUUACGGAACUGCUAUGGAUGAUGGACAUCACGUGCUUCGUAUGGAGUUCUGCGGUCAAUCUCUCCGUCAGUGGAGGAAACACAGAGGACAGGUGACGGAAACAGAGAUAUGGGCAAUUUUUGAACAGUUUACAGAUGGUUUGAUUGGCCUUGACCACCAUGGGGUAAUCCAUCGGGACCUCAAACCCGAUAAUGCCUGCAUCAGCAAGGAUUUCAUCACCAAGGAUUUCAUCAUCAAGUUGAUUGACUUCGGAUCAGUGAAGACAGCACAGGAUAAAGUGUCACAAGGAGGAAGGGUUACCGCCGCAUAUAUGGCUCCCGAGAUGUGGCUGUGGUGCUUCUGUAAAUCUACACCUAUCUCCAGUAAAGUGGACGUUUUCGCGUGUGGUCUUAUUAUCUGUUUCCUGGUAUAUGAAUUCGACGUGGUCCCUAAAGCAUUGGAAACCAAUGACCACCAACAGAUGCAGUAUAAGAUGAUCCAUUACCCGUCCCAAGUGGCUGAAUAUGUAAAGAGGACGUUUCCUGUUGACAAGUACAGCGAAGCCUUGAAAACUCUUCUCCUAAAAACGCUGGAUGGCAACCCUAGUAGAAGAAUUUCUGCGGCAGACGCCCAUGAACAGAUAGUAACACACAUGUCUCCUUCCAAUGUCAAUACAAAACAUGAAGACGAAGAAAUUAAAGGUUUAGGAAUCGAUAUGGUCAACCAUACUACCUCUCUGAACAUACUGACUCCAUCAGCAACUGCUCCCUUCACCGAAACUGUUCUAGGUGUAGGGAAGGUUUACCACCUACCUGACUUCUUGACGUCACAGAAGAAAACGGAUUUUCCAUCAGCGCGAGUGGCAAUCAGCAGCAUCGCUGACAAUGAUGUCAGUCUGGAUGUCAGCAGUUUCCCCACAUAUCAUCUAGAUCUGAUGGGACAGGCGACAGCGAUAUCUUCAUUCGGGACAGAGCUGACAUUACCAAAUUGCUCGUUUGAACAGCCAUCUGCCGCGGUGCCAAUCAGAAUUAUGUCAGCCGAGGCACCAAGAGCAACCUUCACAGAAAGUGGCAGCAACCAGCACAUUGACAUGGGUGGGACAGUCCCGACCAAUACAACCCAAAGGUACCAAGUCCAAUGUACUAAUGCCUCCAUGGGAAUCACAGAACCAAUGAGUUUUAUGACCGAUAUCUCACCGCAACAAUGUUCAGCUACACUUGCCAACCAGGGAAGUAAGCCAAUUGUACCUAACAGCCAGUCAAUGAUCCUGUACCAGGAGCAACUUAACGAAAUCCAACCUUUGGGCGAAAGUAAUCAUCCCGCCACAAUCGUGGAUGAAGGAACAGCUGUAUCAGAAGCUGUUCAAGAAGAACCAGAUCGGCAAGCUAACCCGGAAGUUCUGAUGAAGCUGUCGGAUCUAAUCAGGAACGGGUCUCGAAAAAGAAAUUUACCUGAUUUACCUACAGAAUUCACUAAUCUUCCCAAUCUGGAUAUGAUACAGUGCAAGAAGAAACGAAGAUAAGAUGAUUGACAUCGACAUCUAAAUAGUUCUCCAUUACAGAACACGUAGAAUAUAUUGAUAUUCCGUCAUAGGAGUGAAAUGUAUGUUGAAUUAAACGGGAAACCAUUCAGUAUCCUCUAUGUACACAACCACAUUAUAUUGAAUUGUAAACUCGCUCUUUUAUUUUUUGGUGAAAGAGUAAUUAUCAUUACAUAUUACGUAUAUUUGAUACUUCACGCUUUCAAUAUCUAUUUGUUUUCUAGAGUUUUUAGAGUCAAGUAGAUGAAACGUUUUCGGGGUUCGGAGGUCAAAAUAUGAACCAAUUUCAGAAUAUUCAGCCAAGUGAUUAUUUCGGUUGAGUGUAAAUUAUUAUGAUUUUAUAGAGUGUCAAACAUUGCAUCAGCACACACAGACACGCGCACACGCACAAGCUCACACAUACACACCCUCACACAAACCCACAUACACACACACGCUCACACACUUUCACACACACGCACGUGCAUAAAGUUGUCAGUUAUUUUGAUAUCAGUUAUUUUAGCUUAUCAAACGUACUCAAAGCAAGAUAAUCCUAAUCAUGCAUUUAUAUAUUUUGGCCGGUGUUGUAACUGACUGAGCUAUCGUGGACCCCUCACCUGAGAUUACAUGGCCGGUGUUGUAACUGACUUCGCUAUCGUGGACUCCUCACCUGAGGUUACGUGGUCGGUGUUGUAACUGACUGGGCUAUCGUGGACCCUCACCUGAGGUUACGUGGUCGGUGUUGUAACUGACUUCGCUAUCGUGGACCCCUCACCUGAGGUUACAUGGCCGGUGUUGUAACUGACUGGGCUAUCGUGGACCCUCACCUGAGGUUACGUGGUCGGUGUUGUAACUGACUGAGCUAUCGUGGACCCCUCACCUGAGAUUACAUGGCCGGUGUUGUAACUGACUUCGCUAUCGUGGACUCCUCACCUGAGGUUACGUGGUCGGUGUUGUAACUGACUGGGCUAUCGUGGACCCUCACCUGAGGUUACGUGGUCGGUGUUGUAACUGACUUCGCUAUCGUGGACCCCUCACCUGAGGUUACAUGGCCGGUGUUGUAACUGACCGAGAUAUCGUGGACCCCUCACCUGAGGUUACAUGGCCGGUGUUGUAACUGACUGGGCUAUCGUGGACCCUCACCUGAGGUUACGUGGUCGGUGUUGUAACUGACUGAGCUAUCGUUGACCCCUCACCUGAGGUUACAUGACCGGUGCUGUAAUUGACUGAGCUAUCGUGGACCCCUCACCUGAGGUUGCCUGGCCGGUAUUGUAACUGAAUGCUCUAACCGCUCUUCCGGUGAAACACUAAUCACAGUGUGGUGCAGAAUGUACCAAACAAUAUUUGUGGUCCUACAAAACCAUGUCCAUCGGAGCGCUACGAGUUAUAUUUUAUGUCAUUAUUAAUAUGUCUUUAUUUUAUAGCAAUAUUCGAGUUAUGUUCCUGCUUGUAUUUGUUAUGCAUGUCGCAAUAUUCAUUUUUGUUCCUGAUUGCUGAUAUUAUUACAAAUCUAAAUUCAAUAUUUCUAAAUAUCAUACAAUUCACGCAUAUUAAAGAUACAUUUUUUGUACUUUUAUGAAUAUUGAUAUGAAUAAGCAACCCUUUCAUCAUUGUCGUACCUAUCAAAAAGCUAAAAAAAAAAAUCAGUUUUUGCGGUUUAUUUUAUCCGAUUUAUCCAAUAUAAUUUGGAAAGAGGCAUGAUAUAUUGGUUACAAUGCUAAUAGUGUUAACAAACGUCAAACAUUGACUCGAAAGAUGAUGAUAAAACAUCUAUCGAAGGUAUCAAUCUGUUAAAAUCUAAGCUGUAAAAAAGUUAAUUGUAUCUCGAAGAAGUUCUUUUGCACACCCCAUUAUUUAGUAGGUAUUUUUGGUGUUUUAAGCUAUUAUGUGGGGCAUUGUUUAUUUCAUAGUGUCAUAUUUUAUACUGUAUCAUUUUUAUGACAUGAAGUGUUUAAAGACAAGUACAUGUUCAGCAAUGCCUGGAAUGAGUUUGUAAUUCAGGGUUAAAAGGGGGAAAGUCAAGUAGCAUCACUCUAGAUCCAUUCAUUUCUAAAUGUUUUUUUAUCAAACAUUUUAAAAGCAUAAAACAAAUUCCUGAAAUGAGUUCGUAUUUCAGGGUUACACAACA